AUGAGUACCCAAGAAAGUGGAAACUGGACAGAUUAUGAUUCAGAAACUGGUAGUGAACCUGAUAUUAAUAAAAAUGGCAUUAGUUUACCAAGGAAAAGACAAAAAAAGCACAAACGUACUGCUGAAGUAUGGAAAUAUUUUGAACUAGAAGGUUCAUGUGCAAUAUGCCAAGAAAAUGAUUUUAAAAUCAUUCGGUUUAAUGAAUUAUCAAGUAUUGAAAUGGAUCAAGAAGUUGGCUCUGGAGAAGAAGAUGAAGAAACUAGUGAAGCCACAAUAAAAAUUUUACAUGCGAUCACAUGGUUAUCAUCUAUACUACCAUUGAAAAAAGGAAUUGACAAUAAAAAAGAUAGUCAGAUAUUGUCCCAACGGCUAUUAAAAGACUAUGAAUGGGAUUUAUUAGAAAAAAUUAUUAUGGUAUUGAAACCAUUCGAGCAUGCCACAACUCUUUUUUCUGGAAGUAAAUACCCUACCCUUUCGUUGAUGUAUCCAAUAAUUCAGAAAUUGCAAAAUCAAUUUAUGGAUUAUGAAUUUGAAUUAAAUAAUAUUGAAACUAGUAAUAACGAUGAUGAUGACUAUGAAUCGGAUAUUUCAUUGGAUUGUGAAAGUGAUGAUGAGCUUUAUUCACAGCCACAUGAUACUCAUUUAUUACCACCACCACCUAAUCUUAAUCAUAUUGUACAAGAAUUUAAAAGUACAAUUUAUAAAUCAUUAAUGCAUUAUUGGAAUGAAUUUCACGAAAUUGGAUUAGUUGCUACUCUCUUAGAUCCUCAUACAAAAAGAAUGACAGCAUUUACAAGUAGGGAACGAGAGAAGGCUAGGGCAAAAUUAAGAUCUGAAUUUGAAAUUUCACAACAGCACAAUAUUACUAGCAAUAAUAACCCGGAACAAGGAAUAUCAACAAUAACUACUAAUCUAACACAAAAUCCAUUCUUUGAGGGUAUCUUUGGUAUACAAGAUCAGAAAGAGAUUGAACCUUUAGAUGAAAUAGCACAGUAUUUGGAUUUGAAAGUUGUAACAAUAAGUCAAUUAAUAGUUAAAGAAUUUGAAAAUAACGACAGUAAACCUGCCCUUGAAUAA